GUGUGGGGGGGGGGGGGGUGCUCACUGACAGACAGCGAGAAAGAGAGAGAGGGCUGCCUCCCAUCGCUCCUGCUGUCACUGCGCUCUCUCUUUUUCUACAUUUCAAACAUGGCCAAACUCUUUGCCACCAUACCAUCACUCUCCUUUACCUCCUCGCCGUCGUCGUCGUCGUCGUCAUCAUCAUCCUCACCCUCCUCCUCCUCCUCCUCCACCUCCUCCCCCUCCUCCUCAGCAGCGGCGUUAUCUCCGGUAGCGUGAUGCCCCGGGAGGAUGGAGAAGCUGUCGGCGAGCCUGUCGGAGAUCACUUGGAGCCCGUUGGCGCUGCCGCUGGACGCGGUCGUCAGCAAGUUCCGUCUGCCCACUCUGGUCCGGCUGGCCCACGGUGAAUGUGUGGAGGGACUGUCGGAGGAGGAUGUGGUGCUGUUACACUCCUGUCGCCAGUGGACCACAGUGACCGCCCACAGCUUAGAGGAGGGACACUACGUUAUUGGACCCAAGAUAGACAUCCCUCUGCAGUACCAGGGGAAAUUCAAGUUGUUGGAUGAAGACCGAGACGUCAGGGAUCCCGUCCAGUAUUUUUCCAGCGUGGAGGAAGUCGCUGGAGUCUUCCCCGACCGGGUUUUCGUCAUGGAGACGAUCACUUUUAGUGUCAAGGUGGUGUCGGGGGAGUUCAGUGAGGACAGCGAGCCCUACAGCUUCACUCUGCAGGCUGGAGAUGAGCUGUCACUCAUGGGGAAGGCGGAGCUUCUCUGUGCCACGCCCUCGAAGGAGAAGACGGGCCUGAGCGCACUCUUGAGACGUCUAGGGAAGACUCCUAGAAGUAAAACCCCAUGCCUGGUCUGUAUGAACCAUCGCACGAAUCAGAGUGUCAGCCUUCCCUUUGGUUGCCGUGGUCGCUUUUGCACGCGCUCCCCACUGGAGCAAGGCAUGCUGGGCGGGGAGCACACGGUACGCAGCAUCAUCGAGAGGGUCCGCCUGCCCGUCAAUGUGUCCGUGCCUUCGAGACCGCCGCGGAACCCCUACGACCGCCAUGCGGUCCGGGAGGGCCACCGCUACAAGCUGCUCAACAUCGUCAGCAAGACGGUGGUGCUCUGCAUGGUGCUCCGCCGACAGGAAGUCUCCCCGUCCCACUUCCUGCUUCUGCGCUGCAUGCCCCGGUUCAACGUGGCCGAGGCCUCCGCCCACACGGCGGCGCUGGAGGGCCUCCUGUUGCGGCACGCGUUCGACCCGGACGCCUACUCUCGAGCCGUCAGGGAGACCCGGCCGGAGCUGGAGUGUAUGACGGAGGAGUGCGUGAGCCCGCGGCGCUCUCGCAUGUGCGUGUCGGGCCAGGACUCGUUGGCGCCGGCACUGCAGCGCCUCUCCAUGUGCGGGUAUGGGGGCGGGGUUUCGGACAGCCUGUCGCAGCGCUGCAGGGACUCUCUCGGGGAGCGGCUGGGGGAGGGACCAGGUGAAGAGCGCGAGUAUGUGACCCCCGAGUGGACCGAGGCCGAAAUGAGGACCAGUGAGGAAAUCCCUUACGAGGAACUCUGGACCAAUCAGAACGCGGAGGGCUUGGGGAAGGAGCCGAACCUCAUCUCCUUUCAUUCGUCCUCGUCGCUGGAUGGCUCUUUCGGCACCGUGGUGACGAGGGUGUCCACCCCGCCGCCCGUACCUCCGAAAUCAGAAGCUGUGAGAGAGGAGUGUCGCUACUUGAUCGCCCCUCCGGUUCCCCCUCGCUGCUCUAAAGGAGGGUCCAUCUCCAGUCCGGUCCCCAGCCCUCCCGUCCCCCCUCGCUUCCCCAAAACCUCCACCUCCCCGAGACCCAACCUCUCCUUCUACUCCUCUGGACUCCAGGACAGCUGCUCGCCCUCUCCAGACGCCUCCCUCUACUGCUACCCGUGCUCCUGGGCCGACUGCCCGGCCCCUCACCCUGCCAGCCCCGAGCCGGCCUCCGCCGUCCCCGCAGACAACACAGCCAAUCCUCACCCGGCGCAGGCGACCUGGGCUGAGCCGUGGGCGGAUCCCUUCACCCCCUCCGGACCUCGUCUGAGGCCUCCGCAGAGUCGGUUUGCUCCCUUCGGGGCGUUGAACCCCUUCAACCGCCAGUCGCCUUGCCCCUCGCCCGAGCCCACCGCCGCCGCCGCCAACCCCACAGCGGACUCCUCCAGGGGGGCGGAGGGCGGCGGGACGUCCGCGGGGGUCACCGAAGGGCAGCCCCCGACUCCCGACCUCACCUGGAGGCCUCCCGCCGACCUGUCCGUGCUGUCGUUGGAGGAAGUGUCGGCCUGCCUGCGCUUCAUCGGCCUAUCGGAGGCGGCGGUGGGCGUGUUCCAGAGGGAGCGGAUCGACGGCAGCCUCCUGGUGCAGCUGACCGAGGACAUCCUGUCACAUGACUUCCACCUGAGCCGGCUGCACGUCACCAAGAUCACACAGUUCAUACAGGGCUGGAGGCCCAAGAUCUAACACACACACACACACACACACUGUGCUGAUAAUGUGCCUGUUGGCUGCUGAGCCUGCUGAAUGUGCCUUCCACUGUGACCGAAGCUGAGACGUUACCGAAGGAAACCCUGCCACCCUGUGUUUAGGGGACAGAACUGACACUCGACCGGCUCUCGUGGCUCUCCCGCAGACUGGCUCCCUAUUUCCAGUCUGAAUCACACACUGGGACUAGUUUUACUAACAAAAUGGUUCUAAGACUGUCAGCCAAAUGAGGAACGUGGUGGGAAGUUUUGGUUUGUAUAAAAAGGGGCAGAAAGUCAACCACAAUCACACAUCAAACCUGAUAUGAGGAAAAGAAAAAAAUGAACACAGAGGGGUUUAUGGGUAUUUACAGCCUCUACUGUGGUAUGAGGUGGAACCACUGAACCGGUUCCCCCAGCUGGGUCUCAUGCACCGUCCUCUCCAUCCGUGCAUCGAGCAUCCGUGGCCUGUCAUUGGCAAGAAUAACAAUUCUUAGGAUAUAAGAGAGAAUUAGUUGUUUAAAGCUGAUUGAGAAAAAAAGGAAACAAAAGACAAAUCUGAGGCACCCAAUAAAGUAAAUAGGUUUCUGGUACUGAUCGACACUGAACCCUCCUCUUACACUAUUCGGUAUGAAGGCCAUUUUGUACUUUGAGACAGUGACAUUUUCUAUUAACAUUCUCUGUAAGGGUAACACGAGACGUCCUUCUCUCUGUAAGUCAGACACACAGAUGUGUUGCUCACAAAUAGUUCUCACAAUGUACCUCAGAUCACUUGUUCAGAUAUGCUUGAUUUAGCCUUGAGUAAUAAUAAAUGAAAUUCCACUAA